CGGCCGCCAUCUAUUAAUUUAGAAUCAUUAACAAACAGUCUUUAAGUCAUUAAGUGGUACUUUUUAUUGGUUCAAUUAGGGAAUUACGUUUGUGGGCAUGCCUCAAAACGUUGCGAAAUUUCGUACAGGCUAGGUCGAAAUUGAAAUAAAAAACCAAAAAUAAAAUAAAAGGGCGGGCAAAAGGUAGCUCCAAAAACAAAUGAUUUUGUUCGUUUAUACAAUAGUGAACUCGUUAAAUUUAUUCUGCAAUUUAGCUAGUUAAGGUUUGUUAGUGCUCUAAACCAGUGCGCUCGAUGGAUGUUGGCUUGAAAACGAUUUCUUACUUUUGAUUAUGUGAUUUUUGUGAACUGUAAAUUAUAUUUCAAGAUUAAAAAGAAUGAACUGAACAAUGUUUUCCAAAACGCUUAUGUUGAUUUCAUGCUGCAUAUCCUUACCGGAAUUAAUCGCAGCUGAUUGCAACAAAGAAAGAAAAUGCAAAACCUCACGCGUGCAUGGCCUGAGGAGUGCAGAUUGUUACCGCAUGGACAUGCGAGAAUUUCCUAAAUGCUUGUCAUCUAAUACAGAAGCAUUGGAGCUCUCUUACAACAGAAUUCGAAAAGUAACCAAAGAAGACUUACGAAGAUACCCCUACAUGGUUCAUCUGUACUUAAUGGACAAUCUUAUCGUUAACCUCGAUGAUGAUGUUUUUCAAGAAUCGAGUAGUCUUAGAACGAUAGACUUAUCUGUCAAUGCGCUAAAAAAAGUCCCUCCAACAUUAUUUCAACUGCCAUCUUUGACGACCCUUUACUUAAGCCAGAAUUUGAAUAUUAAUGUAGCAGAAUCUAUUGAUGAAGCUAAACCGAUUUCACAAUCUUGUCUAACCAAGCUGGAUAUGAGUUACAUUACGGAAGAUGGAAGUUCUACGGACUUUCCAGAUUUUCGGGAAUUGCCUUUAUUAGCUUUUUUAAAUAUUACAGGUGUAAAUUUCAACUACAUCUCGACUAGACACUUUGCUGGUCUGUGCAAUCUCCAAAUUUUGGGCAGCGAAAAUGUAUCAGCCGAAUUUGAACACGAUUGCGAUUGCGAGAGGAUAAAUCGAUGGUUGUUGGAAAGAAAAGUUAAAUAUACGGAGCUUGUGUGUCCUACGAAUGAGAUAGAUUGUUCCAAUAAACCGAUCGACGUCGAAGACUUAGAAGUCUAUCAAAAUUGCAGAGCAAAAUACGCGAAAAUCUCACGCUCGCUGUAUUUGGAAAAAGUUUGGCAUUGGCUUGGUAUUGCUGCAGGUGGCCUCGUAUUAACAGGAAUCUUGGUUGGUUGUUGUAUUUGGAAGCACAUCAAACAGAAAAAAGCAAUGGAGGCUCGAGAAAGUUUACGCCAGAGGGAAAACCGGCAGCUAUUGAAUAACCAAACGAAAGUUUAAAUUUGUUUUUUUGUUUGUGAUACUUAGUUUUAGGUAGUUUUGUUUGCAAUAUUGUUUAUACUUCUAGAUUUUAUCAUUUCCAUUGCCAAAAGCAUUUUUGUUAUCCAUCGUGGGUACCUACAUACUGAAAACAUGCACUGAAAAUUUCAGACUUUAGAAGGCUAACUAAAGUCUAAAUAAGAUAAGUAGGUACCCUUCUGGAUCGCUAAGCUAUUUUUGCCCACCGGUCCCCAAUCUUGUAUGUUUAAACAUUGGUGCCGAUCGAGUUGUCCAGUUAACUAGUCACUUAUAUAGAAUUGUUGCACUUUACCUUAAUCAUUUUAUGCAUCUCUAUACAAACAUCUUUACCUUUUGAGACUUACUUGCAAGCCUUUAAAAAUCCUUCAUUUCAUACUGUCCGGCAUAUAGGUAUUAUUAUUACAUCAUCAAUUUCAGUCUGAAAAAUGGCACAUUAACUCACUAGUCUGGUAAGGUUAGAUUACAACGUAGCAAAAGUUACAUUAACUCCGGGACCAGGACCAAUUAUUCCCUGACUGAUGUCAAAUGAAACAGAUUUCGAAAAUCUCGUUCUAUUAGAAGAGAAAUAUAAACAAAAUUAUUAACAAGAAAAAACCCAUUUCACAGUAUGAAAUAAGUGGAUAUAACAGCAUGAAAUAGAACAGGAUAUUAUGCAUCCGUGAAGUUAUUAGUAAAAUAUGUACACUUGUUCAGAAAUUCUAGACUCGCCUAACAUCUUAAGUCGUUAUAGUCACUUCCUGUAGGUAAUUAGGUAAUGACUACUAUGUAUGUAGGUAUAGAUAAAAACUCUAAGAUGUUUAGGUAUAUGAUAAAGAUUGUUAAACUUCUCAAAAGGUGAAAUUAUUAUGUACCAUUCUAAUUUCUAAACUCACUGUAUAAUAUAAAACAUCAUUCAUUAAACAACGACUUACUAAUAAAAUGUACAAAAAGAAUAACGAAAACCGCCAUAUUAGUUCUUAACAAUGAUAAAUGCGUUUUCUCAUAGAUAUAGUUGUUAGUAUUUGUAAUAGGAAUUUUUUUAGGCCUCGUUAAUUCGAAAUUGUUCAUGUUUCUAAUAGUUUAUUUUUAAUAAAGUUCCAUAAAAGCAGGAA